GGGACAGCGGGGCUGGUCGGAGGGGCGGGGCUGGGCGCUCGGGGACCGAGGUGCAGACCUCCGGGAGGGCGUCCCCAGGCUGGGGGCCGACCCGAGUUCUCCGUGCUCACUCUCCGGGGUCCCCAGCCGCUCGGCGCCGCGCGCUCAGUCUCUUCAGGACCAACCAAAGAGUUGAUGGCAUUGCCAAGUGAGAUGGUAGCAAGACACACUGGUAUCACAAUAAUGUAGUUGUCAAGAGCACUGAUGUGGCAUCAGAUGGACCCAAGCUUUAGCAUAUUCUGUGUGACCUUCGGCACCUCAUUCACCUUUCUGAACCUCAAUGUUCUCAUCCAUAAAAUGGUCUCUGCUUUUUCCUCCUGACCUCACCAAACAACCAUGUCAUCAGAAUCAAGCAAAAAACGGAAGCCCAAAGUGAUCCGAAGUGAUGGAGCUCCAGCUGAAGGGAAGCGUAACCGUUCUGACACAGAGCAGGAAGGUAAAUACUACAGUGAGGAGGCUGAAGUGGACCUGCGGGACCCUGGCAGAGACUAUGAACUGUACAAGUACACAUGCCAGGAGUUACAGAGGCUCAUGGCUGAGAUCCAGGACCUGAAGAGCAGAGGAGGCAAGGAUGUGGCAGUUGAGAUAGAAGAUCGGAGGAUCCAGAGCUGUGUGCAUUUCAUGACUCUAAAGAAGCUUAAUCGAUUAGCCCACAUCAGGUUGAAGAAAGGAAGAGAUCAGACCCAUGAGGCCAAGCAGAAAGUAGACGCCUAUCACCUGCAGCUGCAGAACCUGUUGUAUGAGGUGAUGCACCUGCAGAAAGAGAUCACCAAAUGUCUGGAGUUUAAGUCAAAGCAUGAAGAAAUUGAUCUGGUCAGUUUAGAGGAAUUUUAUAAGGAGGCUCCUCCAGAUAUUAGCAAGGCUGAAGUCACCAUGGGAGACCCUCACCAGCAAACCCUUGCACGUCUGGACUGGGAGCUGGAACAGCGGAAAAGGCUGGCAGAGAAGUACCGGGAGUGCCUGUCCAACAAGGAGAAGAUCCUUAAGGAGAUUGAGGUGAAGAAGGAGUACCUAAGCAGCCUCCAGCCUCGCCUCAAUAGCAUCAUGCAGGCUUCCCUCCCCGUGCAAGAGUACCUGUUCAUGCCGUUUGACCAGGCUCACAAGCAAUAUGAGACAGCUAGACACCUGCCACCUCCCCUCUAUGUCCUCUUUGUCCAAGCCACUGCAUAUGGGCAGGCCUGUGCUCAUAUGAAAUCCUCCCAGCCCCCUAGACAGGAUAAGACCUUGUCUGUGGCAAUUGAAGGCAGUGUGGACGAAGCCAAGGCUCUGUUUAAGCCUCCUGAAGACUCCCAAGAUGACGAGAGCGACUCGGAUGCUGAGGAGGAACAGACCACGAAACGCCGGCGACCCACACUGGGAGUUCAGUUGGAUGACAAACGCAAGGAGAUGCUGAAGAGGCACCCACUGUCUGUCAUGCUGGACCUGAAGUGCAAAGAUGACAGCGUACUUCACCUGACUUUCUACUACCUCAUGAACCUCAACAUCAUGACGGUAAAAGCCAAAGUGACAACCGCCACGGAGCUGAUCACCCCCAUCAGUGCAGGUGACUUGCUGUCUCCUGACUCAGUCCUGAGCUGUUUGUAUCCAGGGGACCAUGGAAAGAAAACUCCAAAUCCAGCCAAUCAGUAUCAGUUUGAUAAAGUUGGCAUCCUGACUUUGAGAGACUACGUACUUGACCUAGGUCACCCCUAUUUGUGGGUACAAAAGCUGGGUGGCCUCCACUUCCCCAAAGAGCAGCCCCAGCACACGGUGAUUGCUGACCACUCGCUGAGCGCCAGCCACAUGGAGACCACUAUGAAACUGCUGAAGACCAGGGUGCAGUCCCGCCUGGCCCUUCACAAACAGUUUGCUUCCCUGGAACAUGGCAUUGUACCAGUUACCAGUGAUUGCCAGUGCCUCUUCCCUGCAAAGGUUGUCUCCCGCCUGGUGAAGUGGGUGACGAUUGCCCAUGAGGAUUACAUGGAGCUGCAUUUCACCAAGGACAUUGUGGAGGCGGGACUGGCUGAGGACACUAAUCUCUACUACAUGGCACUCGUGGAAAGGGGCACAGCCAAACUCCAGGCUGCUGUGGUGCUGAAUCCUGGCUACUCCUCCAUCCCACCCAUUUUCCAGCUGUGUCUGAACUGGAAAGGGGAGAAAACCAAUAGCAACGAUGACAACAUUCGGGCCAUGGAGAGUGAGGUCAACGUGUGCUACAAGGAGCUGUGCGGCCCCCGGCCCAGCCAUCAGCUCUUGACCAACCAGCUGCAGCGCCUGUGUGUGCUGUUGGAUGUCUACCUGGAGACUGACAGCCACGACGACAGUGUGGAGGGGCCCAAGGAGUUUCCCCAGGAGAAGAUGUGUCUGCGGCUUUUCAGGGGUCCCAGCAGGAUGAAGCCAUUUAAAUAUAACCAUCCUCAAGGAUUCUUCAGCCAUCGCUGACCUUCCACUCAGCCUGUUGUUUCCCCCUAUGCCCGAAGUGCUGUGCCUCUAUUUUCUGCUUUGGCCCACAUGUGGCUCUUGAUAUUCUCCAAAGACAGGUUUUUUAUUUUUAUUUCUAGCCUAUUAAAGUGUCACUUGACCAGGUG